AUGGCCGAGUGGUUCGAUGAUACUUCGUCGUCUUUGUUCGACGGGGUUGCGCAAGAAAUUGUCGAUGAGAUCAAUAAGCAGAAGCAAUUGAUUGCUCAAAUAUUUCCCCAACCGGAGCCGGAACAUAUUACUCACCAUCGGUCUUACGUCUACCGUGAUCGUGUGGCUGCCCAUUUACGUCUUAUGCAAGACUACUUCAACGACAAUCCGACAGUGGCGUUGCUUCGUCAAGAGUCCACCAUGGCGACCACCCCAAAGGAGGCGAGGUUCAAGAAGAUGCAAGAAUCGGCACAGAAGGAUGUCGAACGUCCCUUUGCAGUGCUUCAAGCUCGAUGUGGAAUCAUUCGAAGUCCGGCGCGGAGUUGGUACGUCGAGCAUCUCAAGGACAUCAUGAUGUGUUGCAUCAUUCUCCACAACAUGAUUGUGGAGAGCGAAGGUCAAGGAGCUACCCAUUGGAGAGAUGACGAUGCAGGACAUGGGGCGUUUAGCAAUGACUCGACGGAGAUUGCUCGAAAAACCCCGUCUUGUUUCGAGGAAUACGUGCAAAGAGAUGCAAUUAUCUGA